AUGGGUUAUGAUCGUCAAAGAUCUCCAUUUGGAACACGAGUUGUAUUAACAUGUUAUUGUUUAUUUCUAUUAUUAAAUGUAUUACUUCAUUCAAAUGAUGUAUAUAAAAUAAAAAAAGAUUUAUCAAAGUAUUCUGAAUAUCAAUUUGAAAGAAUAUUAUUAGUUUUAAUAAGUUUAAUUAUAUUUUCAAUAAGUUUUUAUGGUUUAUGGUUUGCAAGAAUUUAUAUACUUUGUUUUCUUGCUCUUUUAUUAUUUAUAUUAUUAUCAUCAUCAUUAAUAACACUUUUAUUAAUAAUAAUUAAUACAAAUAAAUAUAUAUCAUUAAAAAAUUCUCUUUAUAUUGUUCAUAAUUAUUUAUGGUUAAAUAAAGCAUCAACACCUUUAUUACGUAUAAUUAAUAUAAUAAUAAGUUGUUUAUUAAAUAUAUUAUCAUUAUGGUUUAUUUAUCAUUUAUGUUCAUGUAUUGAAUAUCAUCAUCAAUAUUGCUCUUAUACGAAAACAAUAUCCACAACAUCACAAACAAUUAUUUAA